GUAGACCUCUUUUCCGUACAUACAAUUUACGUGAAACCCGUAAACCCUUCCUUUUCUAAACCCCUCUUUUAGGGUUUUAGAACUCACCUCGCCACUCUUCAGCACAAGAGAAUCCACCACAGCCAGGAAAGGAACAAUGGCUUUCCUCAGUAGAGCUGGAAAUAUACUAAGGCAAGUGACAAGUAGGAAGAUCAGUUCGGAUUUAUGUGAAAUCCCGUCUGUUUUCCGGUCUGUACGGUGCAUGUCAAAUGCUCCAAGUACAAAGCUGUUUAUAGGAGGUGUUUCGUAUUCCACUGAUGAGCAAAGUUUGAGGGAGGUUUUUGGGAAAUAUGGUGAUGUUGUUGAUGCAAGGAUAAUUGUGGACCGUGAUUCUGGCAGAUCCAGAGGAUUUGGGUUUAUUACUUACAGUUCGGUUGAGGAGGCGUCAAGUGCCAUUCAGGCCUUAGAUGGGCAGGAUCUACAUGGUCGCCGAGUUAAGGUAAAUUUUGCAAGCGAAAGACCUCGUGGAUUUCAAGGUGGUGGUUUCGGUGGCUCUUUUGACAAUGCUCCCUAUGGUAACUCUCCAUAUGGUGCCAGUUUAGGUGGUGGUGGCAGCUAUGGUGGUGCAUAUGGUGCCAAUGUUGCUGGAGGUUAUGGUAACGGAAGCAGUGGAUAUGGCGGAGACAGCUAUGGAUCAGGUGGUAAUUUUGCAGGCAGUGUCUCUGGCGAUAACUAUGCUGCUGAUAACAGUUUUGGAACUGGAACAGCUGGUAGCAAUUACAGUGGAAAUGGGAUGAAGCAUGCAAAUGACAGUAGCUUCCCAAGUGGAAACACUUACAACAGUGAGAGUAGCGGAGGUUAUGGUGGAGGAAAUGAUAUUGGUACUUAUGGUAAUGCUGCUGCUAGUGGUGGAGGCUAUGGUGGCUAUGUCCCGGCUUCUGGAUUUGACAGGAGCAAUAAUUACAACACUUCUGCUGGAUUUCCUAACAGUGAUAACUAUGCCAACGCUGCUGGUGGUGGUGGAAACAGUUUCCCCAGUAGUCAAUACAAUGGAAGUGCCAUGGCCGGGUAUGGCAGUGGUGGUGUGGGUUCUGGCAGCAGUUUUGCCAGUGGAUAUGGAGCAACGGGACAUGGUAGCACUAAUGAAUGCAAUAACGAUCAAGGAACUACUGUGGAUGAUUUUGGAGGCUCCAUGGAAUCAAAUUUCAAGGGUAACUAUGAGGAAUCCGGUGCUUAUGCAAAACGGGCUUGAUUUGAAUUUAAAGAGUGCUUAGGUUUCUAGUGCUCUGUUUCAUAACCCUCUGCUAAAAUUUCAAUUUUUGUUGCUUGGUGGUUUUUCUAUUGGGUCCUAAGUAUUUGAUUGAAAAUUUAUUAGGGGCAAAUUUGGCGUUAAAAAAAAGACAAGCAGGUAUUCAAACAUUUUGCGUCAAUGAAGGGUCUAGGAAAGUAUAUCAAAGGCAAAUUUAUUUAGCUAUAUUUAAAGACAUCACAAUUUUAUCAAGACAGUAUCAAUUACAAGUCACUAUGCACAAAAUUAUUAC